UAUAAGAACGCACGCGGGUCAGUCGUGUGCCAGGCUCAGCGGCUCCACAGCAGAAAGACGCACAGAGGCGCGUGUCCAUCAACACAUAGGACCUGUUGGAUCCGCGCUCACGCAACAGCUCGCUCCAGAUCACUAUGGACUUCUUCCCUCACACCGAUGACGAGGACUCCCUCGGCAGUCUCCGGUGCUCGUCCCCGGAGCAGCCGCAGAAGAAGCGGCGGCGCGGCCGCGGCGGAGGCCCGGUGCAGGUUGUGAAGAAGAACCGGAGGGUGAAGGCCAACGACCGGGAGAGGAACCGGAUGCACAGCCUGAACGACGCGCUGGACACGCUGCGCGGUGUCCUGCCCGCGUUCCCCGACGAGACCAAACUCACCAAGAUCGAGACUCUGCGUUUUGCGCACAACUACAUCUGGGCUCUGUCGGAGACAAUCCGCAUCGCAGACCUGGGGAAGACCGGGGACAUCUCGCUGCUGCUGAACCAGACCCGCCACGGUGGAGCCCCGAGCCCCGGCAGCGACACCUGCUCCUGGAGCUCCAGCGGCUCCUCGUCCUCCUCCUCCCCGCCUUACUGCGCCUCCAGCCCGGGCAGCCCCGCCGCGCAGGAGGACCGCGGCUUCCUGCAGCAGGACCCGGUGUUCGGCUUCCGUAGCCUCGUACCGGGCAUCUACUGAGGAAGAGGAGGAAGAGGCCCUGCAGACUCUUCAUCAUCACACGGCAGAGAGACAGGAGACAUUAGACAUGAGACCGAAUCACUGUUGCCUUACAGCCGCUCGUGUCUCUGAGGACAAAUGAAAUAUGUCCACUUCUUUGUGAUUGAGUUGAUUUUGUGUUUUUCCUCAGAAGCUUCGCACUUUUAGUCUCCAGCAGGUUUUUACUCAGAACUUUUAGUGUGAAAAUCCACAAAGACUCAAUUUAUUUAUUCCACUCGACUCGUUUUGCUUGGUCACUUGAUGAAAUUUGUAUUUUGUACAUAACAAGAUUUUUAUUCUAUUUACUUUGCUUUUCUACAAAAUGAAUAAAGUUAUAACG